GAAGAAGUGGCCAUUUGUAUUAUGAGUAAUUUUGCAUUAAAUUCUCUUCAGACACGCCUGUUUUCCGCAUGUCUCUCAAACACAGAACCAAGAAAUCCUCUGGUUAGUGCCAUUUAGCUGUGUUGUUUCUCUAUAUGUGUGUGUGCGCGCAAUGGCAUGCAGUGAAAUGGCUGAAGCGAGUGUUUCUGCAGAGCAGUUCAGCUGUUCAGUGUGUCUGGAUUUGCUGAAGGCAGUGACCAUCCCCUGUGGACACAGUUACUGUAAGAGCUGUAUUACAGACCACUGGAAUCAAGAGGAUCAGAAGAGAGUCUACAGCUGCCCUCAGUGCAGACAGACCUUCAGACCAAGACCUGCUUUAGGUAAAAACACCAUGCUGGCUGAAGUGGAGGAGCAACUGAAGAAGACUGAACUGCAAAGUGAAGAUGUGGAGUGUGAUGUCUGUACGGAAAGAAAACAAAAAGCUGUGAAGUCCUGUCUGGUGUGUCUGAAUUCUUAUUGUCAAAAUCACCUUGAACAACAUGAGAAUUUCUUCAAAGGUAAGAGACACAAUCUUAUGGAUGCCACUGGACGACUUCAGGAGAUGAUCUGCCAUCAACAUGAUAAACUACUGGAAAUUUACUGCCACACUGACUGUCGUUGUAUUUGUUUGCUCUGUAUGGUGGAUGAACACAAAAACCACAGCACUGUAUCAACUGCAGCAGGGAGGGCUGAGAAACAGAAACAUUUGGGGGUUACACAGAGAAAAUAUGAGCAGCAAAUCAAGGAGAGAGAGAAGAAGCUUUGGGAGCUAAAAGAGGCUGUGGAGAUUCACAAGCGCUCUGCACAGACAGCAGUGGAGGACAGUGAGAGGAUCUUUACUGAGCUCAUCCGCUCCAUUGAGAGAAGACGCUCUGAGGUCACACAGAUGAUCAGAGAUCGUGAAAAGACUGAAGUGAGUCGAGCUGAAGCACUCUUGGAGAAACUGAAGCAGGAGAUUGAUGAACUGAGGAGGAGAAAUGUUGAGCUGGAGCAGCUGUCAAACACACACGAUCACAUUCAUUUCCUCCAGAGUUUCUCAUCUCUCUCUGUCCCUCCUGGAUCUCCAGACAUUCCCAGUAUUACUGACAGUUCAUUUGAUGAUGUAGGAAAAUCUGUCCUUCACCUGAGACAGAAAAUUGAGAAUAUUUGCAAAGAGGAAAUUGAAAAGCUAUCUGGUCAAGUGAGAUGUAUCCACAUUGUUGCCAUCCCAAAAUAUGAAUGCAGAAAUGACUUCAUUCAGUAUUUCCAUCGUUUCACUCUGGAUCGAAACACAGCACAUCAGCGCCUCUGUUUGUCUGAGGGAAACACAAUGAUGACUAACACCAACAUAGACCAGCAGUAUCCAGAUCAUCCAGACAGAUUUGAUAGAUAUCUGCAGGUGUUGUGUAGUGAGAGUGUGCGUGGACGCUGUUACUGGGAGGUGGAGUGGAAUGGGCUUUGUCUUGUGUCUGUAUCAGUGGCAUAUAAGAGCAUCCGCAGGAAGGGGUGGGAUGAUGAUUGUGGAUUUGGAUAUAAUGAUCAGUCCUGGAGCUUGGUCUGCUCCCCCUCCAGUUUCUCAUUCUGGCACAACAACAAACAAACUAAACUCCCUGUAGUGUGCAGCUCCUCUAGAAUAGGAGUGUAUGUAGAUCACAGUGCAGGAACUCUGUCCUUCUACAGCGUCUCUGACGCAAUGAACCUCAUCCACACAGUCCAGACCACAUUCACUCAGCCGCUCUAUCCUGGGUUUAGGUUUAUUUUUCCAGAUACCUUGAAUAUAAGAUUAAAAUCAUUGUUUGGAUCGGUUGAAAUUUCAACAGUGAAAAUGUGUGAUAUAGAAAUGCAAGGCCAGAGAUUCUGUGAUGGCUCGUCGGUCGUGACGGGCUCUGGCUCUUCAUCAGCGGUGGGUUCGCAGCGGGAAGAUGGUGGGCUGAGCACUGGGUCUGGCUGUAACCAGGAAUAUAAUCAAACACUCCAGUUCAGGAAAAGGAAAACAUUAGUGCUGUUCAGCUUGUUUUGUCUCUGUCUAUCUGAAAGCGUAUGCACUGAAAUGGCUGAAGCCGGAUUUUCUCAGGACCAGUUCAGCUGUCCAUUGUGUCUGGAUCAACUAAAAGAUCUAGUGACCAUCCCCUGUGGACACAGUUACUGUAUGAGCUGCAUUACAGACCACUGGAACCAAGAGGAUGAGAAGAGAGUCUACAGCUGCCCUCAGUGCAGAAAGACUUUCAGCCCAAGACCUGCUUUAAAUAAAAGCUCAAUGCUGGCUGAAGUGCUAGAGAGACCAAAGAUGAUCAUUCAGACUACUGUUCGUGCUGAACAACAUGAGAAUCUCUUAAAAGUUAAUAGACAUAACUUGAUGAGCACCACUGGACGACUUCAGAAGAUGAUGUGUCAUCAACAUGGUAAACCGCUAGAGAUUUACUGCCGCACUGACCAGCAGUGUAUUUGUGUGUUCUGUGUGGUGGAAAAACACAUAAACCAUGAUACUGUAUCAACUGCAGCUGGGAGGACUGAGAAACAGAAACAAUUGGAUGAGACACAGGGAAAAUUUAAGCAGCAAAUCCAGGAGAGGGAGAAGAAGCUUUGGGAGCUGAAAGAGGCUGUGGAGGCUCAGAAGCGCUCUGCACAGACAGCAGUGGAGGACAGCGAGAGGAUCUUUACUGAACUCAUCAGCUCCAUUGAGAAAAGACGCUCUGAGGUCACACAGAUGAUCAGAGAUCGAGAAAAGACGGUAGUGUGUCAAGCUGAAGGACUCAUAGAGCGACUGGAGCAGGAGAUUGAUGAACUGAGGAGGAGAAACUCUGAGCUGGAGCAGCUUUCACACACAGACGAUGACACCCAUUUCCUCUGGAGAUUACCAAUUCUGUAUGAUCCUCCUGAAUCUCUAGACAUUUUCAGCAUCACCGUCAGUUCCUAUGAUGAUGUAAGAGAAUCUGUCUCUCAACUGAGACAGAAACUGGAUAAUUUCUGCGGAAAGGAGAUUGAAAAGAUGUCUGGAAGAGGGAGAUGCAUUCCGACUGUUGCCAACUCUGAAUUUGAGAGCAGAAAAGAGCUCCUGAAGUAUUUCCGUUGUUUCAAUGUGAAUCUAAACACAGUGCAUAAACACCUCCAGCUGUCUAAGAAGAACAGAGUGAUUGCCAACACUAAUGUAGAUCAGAGCUAUCCUGAUCAUCCAGGCAGAUUUGAUUAUUGGUGGCAGGUGUUGUGUGCUGAGAGUAUAUGUGGACGCUGUUACUGGGAAGUGGAGUGGGAUGGGACUCAUGAUGUGGGUAUAUCAGUGUCAUACGAGAGCAUCAGAAGGAAGGGACAAGGUGAUGAGUGUAAAUUUGGAUAUAACACUGAAUCCUGGAGCUUGGACCGCACUAUCUUCGGUUACCUAUUCUGUCACAAUAACAAACAAACUAAACUCCUUACAGAGCCCGGUUGCUCUAGAAUAGGAGUGUAUGUGGAUCAAAGUGCAGGAAUUCUGUCCUUCUACAGCAUCUCUGACACAAUAACCCUCCUCCACAGAGUCCAGACCACAUUCACUCAGCCCCUCUAUCCGGGAAUUAGAAUUGGUUUUCCAAUUAUUUGUAUGGCCUACUUUUUUUCAUGUACAUCAGUAAAACUACUAAAUAAAUGAUCCAGACAUUCUGCCGAUAUAGACAUAUUGCAAGUGCAAACUCCAUGAUAAAAUGUUUUUCCAUUACAAAUUAAGUUUCUCCUUUUUAAAUUCAAUGUACUAAAGCUGAACAUCUGUGGAGAUUUAAUUUGUAUUUAUUUAUUUUUUUCAUAUACAGUGAGCUAUAUUAUAUUUAUGCCAUGGUCUGUCAUCUGCCAUUCAUAUAUUUGAAUAUAUGGUAACACUUUAUUUCGAUAGUCCACUUUAGACAUGCAACUACAUGUCAACUAGCAGUCAUUGGAUAUUAGUAGACUGUCUGCUUAAUAUCUUCUAACACUUUAUUUUGAUGGGUCCACAACUAGGCAUGGGCCGGUAUG